AUGUCUGAGUUCAUUGACGAUGAGAUAAUUGCUGUCCCAACAGAGCUAAAAACUGUCUGGGAUGACUUAGGAAUAACUAAUGAAGAACAGGAAAAUGCAAUUCACGAAUUAAAUCAAGCAAUUAUUGCUGCAAAGCUACAAUAUCUUGAACAGAUUAAAAUCAGACGUGAUAACAUUCUUGAAUCGAUCAACCUUAGAAGACAAACAUUAUUUACAAUUAUUCAGGCCAUUCCACAUUCUGAAGAAGAAUUGGAACAAAUCAAGCAAAUAGGAUCUAAAGGAACUCUUCGUGAGAGAUCAGUAGAUUUAGAUAAGGCAGCUGAAAAGUACAAACUUGAGUAUGAACGUGCAAGUGCAAAGUUUAUUGACAUUAAAAAUCAAACAGACAGAUUAUAUGACAGACUCGGUUAUACGAUUUCUGAUAGAGGCGAAUUCGCCGAAAUUGGUUAUGUUGAUCUUUCAGAUGACAGAUUAGCGAGGUUUAAGAAAGAAUUGGAAUUACUCGAGCAAGAAACAAAGAACCGUGUUGAUUUACUUGAUAGAAAUGAAGAAAAGAUUCGUGAAAUUCUUGAUGAACUUGAUGAGCCAACGAAUCCUCAAAUUCAAGAAAUAUUCGACAAAAAGAUCAUUACACAAGAAGCAUUUGGCGCAAUGGGACGCUAUUUUGAUGAAAUACAAGCUAAACGUCAUGCUCACUCAUCUACAUACUCAGGAUUAGCGCUUACUUUGACAAAUCUUUGGGAAUUACUCGAAAUCCCUGAAGAAGAACGUAAUAAGUUCAUUGCGACUCACAAUAAGCUCAGCAAGCAAUCUCUUCAAGGAUGUUACGAAGAAAUUCAAAAAUUAUCUGCUUCUAAAUUAGAACAACUUCCUCAGCUCAUCCAACGCUCAUAUUCUCGUAUCGAUGCAGCCUUAAAUAUUCUCUAUCGUACUCCGGCAGAAAAAGAAAUACUUCUUCAUCCGGUAAAGAAUUGUACGACUGAUAUAGACAGAUUCAACAAGCUUGAGGAAAUUUCUGCUCGUUUACAGCGAGAACUUGUCAUAGCUGCACCUGCUUUAGCAAUGAUUGACCAAAGAUCUUCGAUUAUUAAGAAUUUCAAUGAAUUCAAGGAUUUGCAGAAUGUUCAAAACCAAAAGCAAUUACCAAAGGAUGAUCUGAUUCAAAACAAUAUUAAAAUUGAUAAAGCACAGAGAAGACAUAAAUUUGUACUUCCAAGGCUUGAAAAGAAGCUUUUACUUUCAUUAAUAGAGUUCAGACAAGCAAUGGGAUAUGAUCUCACUUAUGAUGGCGAAAUAUACGCAAGUAAAUUACAAGUCGAAUUAUCUCAUGACGAAAUCAAGAAAGCAAAGAUGGGAGGAAGAAGACAGAGUACAGCUGUUGUGAAGAAGCAGCUUGAUGGAAUUUUGGAUAAUAGACAAAGAAGAAAGACCGAAUGGCCAGUUGCUUUAUUAGAAUAA